AUGUUUGUUGGAGGCAAGUUUGUCAAUGGCAACACAUUCUCCCUCUCUCAUUCCAAAAGAAAGAAAAGCAUCACGCUUCCAUUCUACCAUUCUACUAUCACGCUUCCACUCUCCCACCAAAUGACAACCAAACGGUCGACCCAUUACGUCUUCACCAUCAACAAUUACACCGACAAUGAUAUCGGACUUCUCAAACCCUUCUAUGAAGAUUACUGCAAGUACCUAGUUUACGGGAAAGAAGUAGGGGAGAAGGAGCUAUCCCCCCACCUCCAAGGUUUCUUCACACUAAAGACGAAACUCUACAUGACCGGGGUCCACAAAGCCCUUGGGUCAAAGAAGAUAGCACUUCAACCCGCCAAUGGCACAUCCCUACAAGCCUCUAAUUACUGCAAGAAACCAAAGAAGAGUGGGAAUCCUCCAAAGAAAUUGGACCCAACUUCGGUCUCAACUAUCAAGGUGAAGAGUUUGGUGUAG